CCUAAAAUCUUACAUCGCUGUUCUAUGUCGAAACUGAGCAGAAAAGUCCAUAAGAUGCAAUGCUGUAUGCAUCUGUAUCCUAAGUCUGCGUCUGUGCAUUACUAAAUCGUCAGCGUCAGCCAGCAGUGUGGACAAUUCAGGACAGCAGACAGAAAAUUAUAUUGUGUUAUUUGCGGUUGUUAAAUAACUACGCGUGGCUACCAUGACUUCAUCACUUAAAAUAUUGGAUUGGACACCUGAACACUUCAUUGCUAACAGAACAACGUGUAACAAGAUUCUAAAUAAUCCUGAUGUUGUGAAGGAAAUUCCUUCCCUAAAUUAUGUACCACUACAUUAUUUUAGGGACCGACAGUUGGUCAGAUUUCGAGGGAUGAUUCAGGAUAUGCAUAAUCCUGAAUAUUAUUUUCAACGAUAUGAAGUUAGAAAUACUCAAUCUGGUUUACAUGAAACUAGAAGUGGAAUGUAUGCAGACUUCGCUAGAUGCAUGACACAUGAAGAGAUAUUGUUCGAGUCUGAAAAAAACUGUAGUGCUGAAAGACAUACUUGUGUUAUUAUAUCGACACCUGGUUUGAAUGAAUGGGUAAAGGAAAAGUUUAAGAAACCAUACUGUGAGAACUCAAGUACAGCUAUGACUUUUAAAAGAAGUUUUGAUCAAAAUGAUCAUGAAGCCAUGGAUUGUUCUGAACCAGUUUGUAAAAAGGAUAAAGUUUCAUUAGAUGAAGAAAGUAAAAAAAUGGAUACUCUAGAACACAAUGAGAAUAGACAAACUUUAGUCUCAAAAGAAUAUCUACUAAAUUUGCCAAUUCCAGUGGAUGAUGGUAUAGCCUGUAUUGUUAAGAUAUAUGAAGAUGCAGCUAUGAAGUUGAAUCAAAUUAUUGAAGUAAUAGGUUUUGUAUCUUUAGAUCCACUUCUAAGUACUUGCAAUAUGGAUGAGACAAUGACAGAAGCUGAAUUGAAUGUACAUCAUCCACCUACAUCUCUAGUUCCUCGGUUACAUGCUGUUAAGUUAAUUCAGCCUUUGGAAGCAGAAAUUGAAAGAGCUCCAGACAUUAUGUCCAAAGCAAAACUUAUACGCAGUAAUCUCCAUUUAGUGUUAAGUCAACUACUUUUCGGAGAUCACUUAGCUGCCGAUUAUUUAAUUUGUCAUUUACUUUCGUCAAUAUACAUGAGAAGAGAUUAUUUUUGUCUUGGAACAUAUCCGUUAAAUUUAACACAUUUUUCGAUUGGUAAAUAUAGUACAUUUGCGAAAGAUUUGUAUAGAUUUUUAACGAUGUUCGUAGAGAAAAGUCACUUAUUGGAAAUAACUUUGGAAAAUUUAAAUGAUUUAGCGUUAUCGCCGAAAAAAGACUACGAUUGUAAUAGGUUGACCAGCGGGCUGUUUCAACUUAGUGAUAAUACUCAUCUUGUAAUAGAUGAAACAGGAUUAACCACAGGUCAAGUGUCACCGGCCGGCCGGGAAAACUAUAAUGUGAUCUGUGAUUUAAUUAAUUUCCAGAAAGUGACGUACGACUUUAAAUUUUAUAAGAUGGAAUAUGAGACAGACAUUCCGGUUUUAAUAUUAUCGGAGGCCAAGUCAUUUAUUCCUUGCCAGAAUCAAGUGGCGUUAAAAGUAGACGCGGAAUCAAAGGACGUUUAUCCUCAUGUCAUAGAAAUUGCGGAACAAUAUUUAAAAGAUGAAAACCGACUGGCGGAUAUCCGCCAAUAUUUAAAAAUUAUCAAAAGCGCCAAGUUCGAAUUUGACGAAGAGAUUGUAAAGGAAGUUCAGGACGAUUUCGUGAAAAUGAGACAAAUGCAUAAAAAUGUGAGCAUCGAUCACUUACACUCAUUGAUGAUACUGGCCAGAUUGUUGUCUUUGUCGCAUGGAUCGAAUACUUUAACCACGGAAUAUUGGAAAAUGGCUGUACAAAUGGAAGUAGAAAGAUUGGGCAGAUUGCCAGAGAAGAAAGAAGUUUAAAUGCUACGGAGAAUAGAGAUGCUCUCAUAAACGACAGGCCAUACCUGCUAUUAAAUCCAGGAAUAUAUCCUAUAAUUGAACGAUUCAAGAUAUCUUAAUGUGUCCGUGCAACGAUGCAACUUCGAAUGGGAACGAGCAAAAUCAAGAAAUUGUUUAAUAGGAUAUGCCCAUUCAGCAAAAUACAAGAAGCGUGCAUUUUCUAGAACUUUUGUAUGAAUACCAAUAAAUUUUAUUUUGUAAGUUUUUGUAAUAAUUUUGUAAUAAUCUUUUUAACAUGAACAAAUGAAUGUACAACAUGCUAACAGAUGAAUGGUAAGGAAUUUAUGACCGGUUUAAAAAGCGUUCGUUUUCGCGUGUACACAAAAUCUAUUGCGAGGCAAAAGGAAAUUCUGUUGAACAAUACAUUCUUUUCUAAAUCUGAAAUAAGACUACAACAUUUGAAACAAGUUGACCCAGUUAUCCAUAUUUAGAGUGGAAGUACUUCUAAAAGUUGGCGACAAAAAGAAUAUUUUCUAUAUUAUUACAAAAACUCUUCGUGCUAGGAAAGAUUGUUAAAAUCACAAAUUCAAUUUCUUUAAAAAAUUUCUUAAGCUAUUAGUUUUAUAUAUUUUUUGUUACGUAUAUAAUUAAACAUACAUCUAAUUUUCUAA